AUGGGGGAAAAGGCUAACUACGCGAGACGGACAGCACUUGCAGCGUCCAUACUCCCUACGCGCUCUUUUUUACCUGGAACGUCGAACAUAGCACACUCAGGGCGGCGACUCGUGCAAGAUUUCACACGAAAUAAAUGUCGGCAAAGCAAAGAUCAAAUCCCGAAUACCAGGAAACACCGUAUCCAUACACAACGCUUCCUCCUCUUUUUCCCGGUCCUUCUCUCUUCGAUCCUUCUCCUUUUUGGUCCUUCUCUUCGAUGCUUCUCUCUUAGGUCCUUCUCUCUUCGAUUCUUCUCCUUUUUGGUCCUUCUCAUCGAUCCUUCUCUCUUAGGUCCUUCUUUCAUCGAUCCUUCUUUUUGGUCCUUUUCUCGGUCCUUCUCUCUUAGGUCAUUCUCUCUUUUGGUCCUUCUCUUCGAUGCUUCUCUCUUAGGUCCUUCUCUCUUUGAUCCUUCUCUCUUCGAUCCAUUAACUAAACUUUGUUUAGUCUCUGGAUGGCUCUUUUUCAUCUUAUUGCGCAAGAAUCAAUUCCACUUCUUCGACCCGACUUUUCUCGGAAAUGUUUUCAUAUUCCAUCGAUUCUUAUACGCAAAUGCCGUCAGCUUGCAUCUGAAGAUCUCACAGUGGACAUCUUAG